AUGAGAAAGCCAGACCAAAUCGGGAGAGAAAAGGUGUGUAAUGAUACUAAUAGCAAUAAGGGAAUGUUGAAGCUUAGAAAGGGGUUAUGGUCACCUGAAGAAGAUGAGAAGUUGAUGAAUUACAUGAUAAGGAAUGGUCAAGGGUGUUGGACGGAUAUUGCCAGGAACGCCGGCUUGCAACGCUGUGGAAAGAGUUGCCGUCUUCGCUGGAUCAAUUACUUGAGACCUGAUCUCAAGCGUGGUGCGUUUUCGCCUCAAGAAGAGCAGCUCAUUGUUCAUUUGCAUUCGCUUCUAGGCAACAGGUGGUCUCAGAUAGCAGCUCGUCUACCGGGAAGGACAGAUAAUGAAAUCAAGAAUUUCUGGAACUCCACAAUAAAGAAGAGACUAAAAGUAAACAACAACGUCUCUAGAAGCUCACCAAACAAUAGCACUGACGACACAUCCUCAGAUCCAAGCCGAGAUAUCAUGGGAGCUGGUAUGUUCAUGUCCAUGCAUGAUCAUGACCUGAUGACCAUGUGCAUGGACUCAUCACUGACAUCAACCACAACCACAACCACAUCAUCAUCAUCCAUGCAUAACAAUUCUAUGCUUAUCAAGGGUCACGAUCACUUUGGUCAAUUGCCACCACUCCUUCAAAACAACAUCAAUCGUGAUGCAUCGAGUUUGUUUAAUGUUUCCUCAUGCUUAGGAGAAGUUGGUAUGGGAGGAGAUGGACAAUAUGGUGAUUGUGGUAUUCUUGAAGUACCAUACAUGAUGGGAAUGGAAAAUGACAAUACUAACCUUGGGAGUAGGGUCAUGGAUGGAGAUAUUAAUGCUAAUGCUACUAAUUACAUGUUUGAUAAGAAAUCAGCCAAUUUUAACCACCACUUCAACGGGGAUAUUGAUGGGAAAGUUAAAGUGGAGGAGGUGGUUGGUCUUGAAAACCAUUGGUCAGGAGAAAGCUUGAAAAUGGGGGAAUGGGAUUUGGAGGGUUUAUUUGCAAAUAUCCCCUCCUUACCGUACCUUGAUUUCUAAAACACCCUUUUUCAAUUA